AUGAGUGAAAAUCCUUUUGAAGUAUUUAAAGAAGAUAUGGAAAAUGAAGAAGUAUAUCUAAGAGUGAAUGCCAUACAUAGAGUUAGGAUUAUUUGCACAUUAAUUGGAGUAGAUCAAAUUAAAUCUUAAUUGAUACCUUAUUUAGAUUGUAACUAAUUAUAAAUAGACUUAAGCUUUAUUGAACAAAGAUGAAGAUGAAGUCUUAUUCGCCAUGGCUGAAGAACUAGGAAAUAUAGCGUAGAAAUGAAAAUUAAAAACUAGGGAAAUAAUUCCUAAUUAGUCUUCUUGUUUGCUCAAUUUAUUGGAAAAAUUAACAACCUUUGAUGAAACACUAGUAAGAGAACAAGCAGUUAAAUCUAUAUCUAUUAUUUGUCAAUUUUUGAGUGACCUUGAGAUUGUAAAUGUAAUUGUACCUAUGGUAUAAAUAAUUUCUUUUAUAAAAUUCUUAGUGGUUAAGAUUAGCAUAAAAUGAUACUUAUUUUACUUGUAGAAUAUCUGCUAUUAAUUUAAUGUCUCCUAUAUAUGCAAGAGCAGGAACAUAAAAAGAUAUUAUGAGAUUGUAAGGCUAGUUUUGAAAUAACUAGACAAUUCGUUGAAUUAUGUAAAGAAGAGGCUUUAAUGGUAAGAAGAGCGGUUGCCAGUAAAAUAGGAGAAAUAGCAUAAUAUAUGGAUAAAUCUCAUGUUAUUGGAGAACUUCUUUAAGCUGUCAAAGAGCUUUGUCAUGAUUAAUAAGAUUCAGUUAGAUUAUCAUGCUCUGAAAGUUUGAUGAGAAUUACAUAAAUUUUAAAUUAUAAUGAAAUCAAAGCUUUUAUACUGCCUUUGAUUAUUCUAUAAGCUGAAGAUAAAUCAUGGAAAGUUAGAAUGGCUUUAGCAUAAAUUUUUGCAGAUGUAGAUUAUAAUAUAUUAUUUUAGUUAGCAAUUGCAGUAGGGAAGGACAUUGCUGAUUAUUAAUUACUACCUAUAUGUUUAAAUUUAUUAAAAGAUACUCAAAGUGAUGUUAGAGUUAUGGGAGUGAAAAGUUUAUUAAAAUUUAUUAAAUUUAUAUCACCAGAGAAAUUAAAUUUAAUUGUUCCAAACUUACAAAUUUUAUCUGAAGAUUCAUUCUCAUAAGUUAAAUGUAAUAUAAAUAUGUAAAUAUAGAAAAUGUUUGUGAAGUAAUAGGAUUGAUAGCUAAUUUAUUACCAAAAGAAUAUUGUUAGAAUAAAUUGCAAAAAUGUUUAUUUGACUUAAUGAGUGAUGAAAAUACUGAAGUUAGAAGAAAUGCAAUUAAAUGUGUUGGGAUAUUUGUUAUGGCAAUUGGAUUUGAAUAACUAAAUUAAUUUAUACCAUAUCUUAAGAAAUCUAUGAAUGAUCCUAAAUGGAGAGUUAGAAAGGAAACAAUCUAAACUAUCAUUUAAUUAGCAUUGUAUAAAUCUCAUUUAAAUUGUAUAUAGAUAAAUUAAACAAUUGGAUACUUUUACAUAGUAAUUGGAAGAGGUAUUUUUAUUUUUUUUGAGAGAUCGAGCAGCUGAAGUAAGAUCGACUGGUUUAAGUUAAUUGUCUGAAUUGAUUUCAGUAUAUAAAUAGGAAUGGGCUUUGAGUAAUUUCCUUUAAAAAUGUGUGGAAAUUUUAGAAAAAGAUAAUGGAUUUUUCUUUCGGAUAAAUGCACUUUAUGCAAUUCAACAAAUUUCAUUUGCUGUUGAGAACUAUUAGGUUGAAAAAAGAUUAUGGCCAAUAGUAUAGAAAUACUUAAAGGACCCAAUUCCAAAUAUAAGAUUUGUAAGUUUAAAGGUUGCUAAAUCAUUACUGAAGAAGAUUGAAAAUUAAGACGUGUUGAUUUAAAUUAAAUAGUAAUAAUUAAUUUAGAAUAGAUUUAUAAAUGAAAUGUUAGAUGAUCCAGAUAGAGAUGUCAAGUUUUAUGUUUAAGAGGCAUUGCAAUAUUGAA